CUCUCAAAUCCAAACCCAUUCAAUCUGAACCUCUGUUCACUGAGCGCUGGAAGUCGGGGACGCGCAUUUGCUCCGGGUGUGCACAGAAACUUUGGGGAACUUUGCUUUUCUUUUCUUUAAACAAGCUGUGUGAGGGUUUGAUGGUUCCUUGUUGAGAGAGUCAGAAAGACCAUCUGAUCAUCUCUGGGGUUUAUUCUGUUCCUGUUCAUGGCUGAUUUCUGCAUGCGUCCUGGAGCCAGGCUGAUCUCUCGGGAACGCGCCGCUCCUCGUGUUUAAACCACAACACUGAAAGUUCACACACGUUUGGUUUCCACCUGUUGCGUUCUUCUUGUUGUGUUGAAUGAGGACGUAGAGAGGAGAUCAGAGACGGGGCUGAGGAGCAGCUCCACCACCCGACACCAGCCUCCUGGCGCACCGAGCUCACAGCUUUAACAGCCCCGACGCACGGAUCUCCACAAACAGCCUCCAUUCACACCUUUCCAGGAGUAUCACUGGUACUUUUUCCUCCAAUACUUUGUGUAGAAAUAAUAAGAGGCGUCCUGGAGAUCAGCUUGCAGAUCUGUGGAGCUUGGAGAAAGUUUUGGAAAGCGGCGCGCAACCACGACGCACUUUCUGGAUAAGAACACGUCACACCAGGACUUCUGAUCACCCCCGAUAUUACUCCACCUCAGCGAAGACGUUUGAGGUGAAAUCGCUCGAGAGCUGCUUCAGGCUGUCGAUGGUGGUUAAAGCUCAGCGUUCCUGAUUUUGGAGAUCGAGUUCAAAUCCAACAAAGAAAGCCCUCAGUUCCUGAGCUCAAUUGGAUUGCUCGUCCCGGACUGAAGUGGAUCCUGAGUGCCGUUUCCUGUGUGUCCCCUUAGAGGAGUCUCCGUGAGCGCGCAGAGGAGACAUGGAUGUCGGAAUGAGGCAGACGCACAGCGCCUCUGCAGGAGUCCACCUACUGCUGGCACUCACCCUGAUCGCCUGUAACUCUCACCUCCUGGUGCAGGCCAACUCGUGGUGGUCUUUGGCCAUGAACCCUAUCCAGAGGCCGGAGAUGUACAUCAUAGGCGCACAGCCUCUUUGCAGCCAGCUCACGGGUCUGUCUCAGGGCCAGAAGAAGCUGUGCCAGCUCUACCAGGACCACAUGGUGUACAUCGGUGAAGGCGCAAAGACGGGCAUCAAGGAGUGCCAGUACCAGUUCAGGCAGAGGAGGUGGAACUGCAGCACUGUGGACAACACAUCUGUAUUCGGCCGGGUCAUGCACAUAGGCAGCAGGGAAGCAGCCUUCACGUACGCCAUCAGCGCAGCCGGUGUGGUGAAUGCGGUGAGCCGGGCGUGCAGGGAAGGCGAGCUCUCGACGUGUGGCUGCAGCCGAGCCGCUCGACCCCGAGACCUGCCGAGAGACUGGCUGUGGGGUGGCUGCGGGGACAACGUCAACUACGGAUACCGCUUCGCUCGGGAGUUCGUGGACGCCCGAGAACGAGAGAAGAACUACCCCAAGGGCUCGAUAGAUCAUGCACGCACACUUAUGAACCUACAGAAUAACGAGGCUGGACGAAUGGCGGUGUACAACCUGGCCAAUGUGGCGUGUAAGUGCCAUGGCGUCUCAGGUUCCUGCAGUCUGAAGACCUGCUGGUUGCAGUUGGCUGACUUCCGGCGCGUCGGUGAGUUCCUGAAGGAGAAGUACGACAGCGCCACGGCCAUGCGCAUCAACCGGCGCGGCAGGUUGGAGCAGGUGAACCAGCGCUUCAACGCUCCCACUUCCGAGGACCUGGUGUACAUCGACCCGAGCCCAGACUACUGCCUGCGCAACGAGAGCACGGGCUCGCUAGGAACGCACGGCCGUCUCUGCAACAAGACCUCAGAGGGCAUGGACGGCUGCGAGCUGAUGUGCUGCGGCCGCGGAUACGACCAGUUCAAGACCUACAAGCACGAGCGCUGCCACUGCAAGUUCCACUGGUGCUGCUACGUCAAGUGCAAGCGUUGCACGUCACUUGUCGACCAGUUCGUCUGCAAGUAACUGAGACACUCGUUAAGAGACGCACUGAGCGAUUAGCAGGCGAGCUCGGGGACAGACCUUCUGGAGCACAGAAGGACUGAAAUGUACUAAAAUGAUAAAUAAAAUCUACAGAAAUUUUUAAGUAUAGGUAUUAAUUAAAUCCAAGUGUGUGGUGGAUGGUGAUUUGCGUCGCUCAAGAGGAAAAGAUGAGAGGGAAGGUCUGGUUUCAGGCAUUCUUUCCCUUUGUAGCGUCUCACGAGGAUGAAACUCUCGACCAAAACAGAUUUAUCACGCUAGUAAUCCAGCAUGCUGCUCCGCCCACUGUUCUCUCACGGAAGCUCUCUAAACCUCCCCUGCGACAGAGCUCUUAAAAUCCUCGGGUCAGCCCCCUGACCUCAAAUGCUGGACUUUGGAUGAUGUCAUGUGUGUUGACCUGUGAAGUCUAUCUUGCUAGAGAAAAAGCAUUUAUAGUCACCAAAAUGUCUGAAUUUCCCUGAUGAUUUAAAAUCACCAUCAGACACUUUUUUUUUUUUUCUUUAAACCCUGACUGUUUUUGACCUCGAGAAGCUUUUAGCUCAGUUCACUAUGAACUGUGACGUGUGACGUUCAGAGCUCUUUGUCUGUGAGGGUCUUCCCUCUUACCGUCGUCUCGAGGAAUUUCAUCUCCGCUAAGGAUAUCCAGUACCUCAAAACACCGAGUCACGUAUUCAGAUUUUUAAAAAGCAAAGGACCACCACCACCAACACAGGGCUUUCCGAUCAGGACUGCAAGAUGAUAUUUUAGCCGAACGACAGUGGUUCAGAUUAUAUUUUAUUAAUUGCUUGUCAUGUUAUACAUCGUAUAUAUUGUUCUGAUUAUUAUUUUUUGAUACAGAGGCUUCUACUGUUCUACUGUUUUUAUUUUAGCAGCAGCGAUAUGACUUGCCAUCAGAUAGCCAGGCCAUGGAGGAAGAUUUUUAAUAAAAAUUGGCCUUUUGUCAGUCAGUCAGUGAAUGAAAGAAUGAAUGCAAAACUUGUAAAUAACAGUCCAUGUAUGCAGAUUACACUUCAUGAUUACGGCGUCCAUGAUUUUAUAUGUUAAUCCAGAUCGUUUGCUGGCUAAUGACCAUAUACUUGUCAUCUAUAUGUAUUUCCCCAUCAUUCAAACCAGUAAUAUUAAAAAUAUUAAUAGAGAUGAUUACCACUUAUGUGCCAUAUUUUUGGAUUUAUUCCUCUUUAUAUGACAGGUCGAUUUUGAUUGGUCAGAAGGCAGUGAUUAAUUUCCUGUAACAGCAGCUCUGAUGGUAUUUCCAGCUGCAGGACAAAUCACAGGUUUAUAUUAAUGCGCUCAUUCUGGUACAUUUAACAGUUAUUCCACGAAAUCGAAUCGUACAUGAUCUGAUAGCACUAUAAAC